AUGGAAAAUGUUUACGAUUUUGAUGAAACUCCUAAGGAAUUACAUGUUUUACAUGGACGUCCAUUGUGCGCAACUGAAAUUUCUAAAGACGAUUGGGAUUUUGCACAUUAUGAUGGUGGAAUAGUGAAUGGACGUCAAUUUUAUGACAAUGAUAAAUAUUGCUUUGAAGAUGUGAAAGUCGAUGGGGAAGUUCAAUGGAAUUUAUACAUUUGUGCAUCAAAAAUUAAACUUCAAAAAGUUGUUCACAUCAUUCUUUCAAGUAUCUCGACCUUGACUUCCAUAACAGUUGUUAUCAUUUAUUUUGCUAUAAAAAGCUUCCGAACACUUCAUGGAAAAAUUGUUAUGAUGUUCUGUUUUGCAAUGACUCUCAGUUACUUCUUUUAUGCAUUACAAGUUACUAAGGCUUUUUCUUAUUACACAUCAAUUUUUUUAUAUGGUUUCUUCAUUAAUUAUGCAUUUCAAUGGACAAGCAUUAUGGCAUUUGAUAUUUGGUUUACACUUUGGUUUGUUAAUGUUUCGAUUUCGAACUUGCUUAUGCACCAUGCUUUUUUAGUUUUUUUACGUUAUUUGGGCCCAAUUCUCAUAGUUGUCAUUUUGCUUUCAUUAGUUUUGGAUAUAAUAUUUUUCAUCCUUGCUGGAAUCAAAAUAUUUCAAAUGUCAAAAACUUCAAGGCCGUUGGAACAUACAAAAUUGGAAGAAGAAAAAUCAAGGUCUGAAUUACCAUUAGGUACUGGAUGUAUUUAUCAGCUUUUGCAAUUGUACUUGUCCUACAUAUGA